GCGCAGUUGUUUAGCUCUUUCUCGCUCCCUCUUAAUAUGGCCAAAGGACCCGUUAAGUACUUUGUUGUUGACGCGUUCACGGACUCGGCCUUCAAGGGGAACCCGGCUGCCGUCUGUUUACUGGAGGAGGAGAGAGACGAGGAAUGGUUGCAAUCAGUGGCUACUGAGUUCAACGUCUCUGAGACUUGUUACUUGACUCGGAUUGCUAACCCGGACUCUGCAACUCUUAGGUUUCGUCUCAGAUGGUUCACUCCAGUGACUGAGGUUGAACUCUGCGGUCAUGCAACAUUAGCAUCUGCACAUAUUCUCUUUACAACUGGUUUGGUGAACUCUGACAUAAUUGAAUUCGACACACUGUCUGGAAUUCUGACAGCUAAAAAGGUUGUGUUACCAUCUGGAAAAGAUGUUAUGGAACUACAGCCACGGUUUGAUGCCAUACAAAAAUGUCCUGGAGAUGGCUUAAUUGUCUCAGGCAUUGCAGCUCCUGAGUCUGGUUUUGAUUUCAUUAGCCGAGCCUUCUUCCCAAAGUUAGGUAUCAAUGAGGAUCCUGUUAAUGGGAGUGGACAUUGCGCCUUAACACCAUAUUGGAGCCAAAAGCUAGGGAAGUGCGACUUCAUUGCCUAUGUGGCAUCACCUAGAGGGGGAAUCUUAAACAUUCAUUUGGACGAACAGAACCAGAGAGUGUUUCUGCGAGGAAAGGCUGUUACUGUGAUGGAAGGCUGUAUUUUGGUUUAGAUAUAUAUGGCGUUUAAUGUCAUUGUCAAUGUAUGAUUAAACUAAAAUAAAUCACAAUGAUCAUUUGGAACGAUUACUGGCCUUACUUGUAUGUAUUGUUUGGAAUGAAAUCUAGCUCUUCCU